GACUUUUUUGGUUAUUUUCUGUUUUCGUCUUGUUUCUUAUUAAUUCUGCCUAUGAAAUUUUGCUCUUUAUACUCUGAAAGUUUGUCAYAGUCUUGCUCGCACAGUAUAAUUUCCUCAUCCUGCUAUUGAAGUCAAUCCAGAUAGGAAAAMAUGCCUAAAAGGCUGAUAAACGAGGACCAAGGCAAGUCCCAAGAUAAAGAGAAAUCUCUUGACUUUUUUGGCGUCAAAGACAAAACAGCUGAUGACAACAAAGAUGAAGUUGAAGAAGAUUCCUCCGACAGCGAAGAAAGUUAUUAUUCCGGUUUAGAUGACGAGGAAGAAUCCUCAGACGAUGAYGAAGACACAUCAGAAGAAGAAGAGGAUGAAAGAGAUAAUGAAAUUGACAGUGAUUGUGAAGUAUCUGACGCAGAGGAUCAACAAGACAAACAAAAACAAACAGAAAACAAUAAUAUGGAAAAAGAGGUGGUGGCAAAAAUAGAUGAUGGUGCUGACACUUCCGAUGAAGAGGAUGCAAGAAACACAGUUGGUAAUAUUCCAAUUGAAUGGUAUAAUGACUACCCACACAUUGGAUACAACUUGGAUGGGAAGAAAAUCUUGAAACCUGCAACUGCCGAUGAGCUGGAUGAAUUCCUCUCCAAAAUGGAUGAUCCAAACUACUGGAGAACUGUAAAAGAUAAAACAACAAUGAAAGAAGUAGUUCUCAGCAAUGAAGAGCUGGACAUCAUUGAAAGAAUACAAAACUCUCAGUUUCCUGAAGCAGGAUAUAAUCCUUAUGAGCCUUAUGUGGAUUUCUUUACUGGAGAAAAGAUGCUUCAUCCUUUGACAAAUGCACCUGAACCUAAAUCCAGAUUUAUUCCCUCGAAAUGGGAGCAUAAAAGAGUCAUGAAGAUUGUUCGAGCCAUCAGAAAUGGUUGGAUUAAACCAAAAAACACCAAGGAUGAUAAACCAAGAUACUACUUAUUAUGGGAUAACAAUGAAGAUGAGGCAAGAAGGAGAAAAACUGUUCACAUACCAGCUCCCAAGAUGAAAUUACCAGGUCAUGAUGAAUCAUAUAAUCCACCACCAGAAUAUCUUCCCAAUGAAGAAGAGAUUGCAAAAUGGGAAGAAAUGGACCCAGAAGACAGGCCCAGGAACUUCAUCCCCAAAAAAUAUUCCAAUCUUCGCCUUGUGCCAGCYUACAAUAAAUUUAUUCAAGAAAGAUUCGAGAGRUGCCUUGACCUGUAUCUWUGUCCAAGACAACGAAGAAUGAGAGUAAAUGUUAAUCCAGAUGAUUUAUUGCCAAAGCUUCCAAGACCGAAAGAUUUGCAACCAUUCCCAACUACAGAAUCUAUAGUAUACACAGGUCAUCAAGGAAUGAUACGAUGUGUGUCAGUAGACCCUACAGGGCAAUGGCUGGCAUCAGGAAGUGAUGAUAAAACUCUUAAACUGUGGGAAGUAUGUACUGGCAGAUGCUUAAAGACAAUACAAAUGGAUGAUCAAAUUUCACAAAUAACAUGGCAUUCAAAGGGAGAUUACUUUGCUACAGUACAACCUCAAGGUGGAAACAAAGCAGUUCUCAUUCACCAGUUGACAAAACGAAGAAGUCAAUGUCCAUUUACAAAGGCAAAGGGAUUAGUCCAAAAAGUUGCAUUUCAUCCCAACAAACCUUUCUUUUUUGUUGCGACUCAAAAAUAUAUCAGAGUAUACAAUUUAAUGAAACAAGAACUUGCAAAGAAAUUAGUAUCAAAUGUUAAGUGGAUAUCAAGUAUAGCAGUUCAUCCUCAAGGUGAUAAUGUUAUUGUUGGUAGUUAUGACAAACGAUUAUGCUGGUUUGACAUGGAUUUGUCAACUAAACCUUACAAAACACUAAGGAGUCAUAAAAAAGCUCUACGUCAGGUCACAUUUCAUAGACAUUAUCCAUUGUUUGCAUCUGCAAGCGAUGAUGGGACUGUCAUCGUAUACCAUGGCAUGGUUUACAAUGAUUUAAUGCAGAAUCCACUUCUAGUACCAGUAAAGAUCCUAAAAGGUCACAGAGUUACAUCAGACCUUGGUGUUUUAGACUGCAUGUUCCAUCCACAUCAACCAUGGAUUUUCACAACAGGAGCUGAUAAACUUAUUAGACUGUWUACAUAAAAAUGAUUAAUCAAAAUAUAAUAACUAAAUUAAAAUGCAAUUGUUGGACAA